AUGCCAGAGAAAAACGAUGCAAAGACGGCACAGCAAGAAUCUCCCGAAGUAAGUAGAAGACCGUUAGAGCUAUCAUGGGUUUGCGGAGUGAAUCCGAGACUUGGUUUCGUGGAUUUGACACAAGAUGGAGAACAUACUGUGGCAUACGCAAAUAACCACAUCGUCGUAAUACAGACAAUAAAUAGCGAAAAACACUACCCGCUCGUCGGUCAUCGAAAUAUCGUCCAAAAUCUCGCCGUCUCGCCCUGCAAACGCUGGCUCGCCUCCUCAGAAAUCGGCAACAGCGCUUCGAUCAUCAUCUGGGAUGUGGAGCAAAAACAAGGUCUCCAAACUAUCGACACUCGAGCUUCAUCUGAUGUCGUUUCUCUCAGCUUCUCGACCGACUCAGCGACCUUGCUCGUCCUUUAUGGCGACUCGCGACUUACCAUGUGGCGCUGGGCGGAUGACAUCCCCUUGAAAUACGAAGAAAUUCAACUAAACGCCGUCAUUCCUUAUGGAUUUCUUCCUAAAAUCACAGUCAACAAAGCCAUCGAAGCCGAUCACCAAAGCGCGGUCAUCACAUUUCCUCAGAAAAUCGUAAUCCUGACGUACCACAGUAGAGUAGAAACUGUCAAUCAAGAUGGAGAUUUGCUCAAGAAACAGAUUUGUACUUAUGAUAUGGAGACUCUUCUUCCAGAUGAUGAAGAAAACGACGUCGGAGCGAUGCGCGAGGGCUGGGCUCUCGGUCAAUCUGUCUUUGUUUCAAACACCGAGAUCGCCACAUCUCUCGGGGCCGGUUACGGCGCUGUUCUCAUGUGCAAACGCGCUCCACCCUCGGAAGCGCGACCAAAGUGGCAUUGGCGGUGCCAGAAGCUCAUCCGAUUCAGUGAGCGGCCCAUCACUACGAUUGACAAGUAUGAGAGCAAAGAAGGCACAGUUGUUACGAUUGCCGAUUUGUCUGGCCAUAUCCGAUUUUUGUCGAGCGAGCUGAAAUUGCUGUACUGGGUGAAAAAGCCCAAGCUUGCCGGCUGUGUUUCGCUAACUUUCGCGGACUUGCCUGCAGUCACCGUUGGCGCUGGGGCAGAAAUGAGAGAAGCGACGCUUGAUCAGCCUGUUUUCGAAGCUCCACCAUUUAUCACCUGCACAAACGAAGGCAUCGUGCAUCAAAUGGUCAAGGGCGUUCCUACAAUGGUGUUCGAAGGCCCACCAAAAGGUCACGUCAGGAUCAAGGCUCAUCCUCAUCGCGAUCUUGUGAUUAUCAGCGGAGAUCAUGAGCUCAGACUCAUGUCAUUGGAAGAUGGCUCCUUCAAGUGUUUAUCGAAGGUCAAACUUACAAGCGAGAAGAUCCAAAGCAUCGAAUAUUCGAGCAAUGGUAACGAAGUCGCCGUUGGAAGCAGCAAGGGUCAAGCUAUCAUUUACGACGCGUUCUCCCUGAAAGAGUUCACUCGACUUCAAGGCUCUGAUCACGCGAUUGUGGCGACAACUUUCAACGACGAUGGAAAUUACUUUGCCGCUUCUGAUGCUAGCCAUGCUGUCAAUCUCUGGGAAAGGGAUGAUGCUUCCAAUCCAAAAGACGGCUGGAGAUGCAUGGGAAGAUUCCGCCCUCACUCGGAAGAAGUCAAGUGUCUACUCUUCAUCCAAGAAUAUGGAACUGACCGAUUAUUGUCAAUCAGCCGCGACCGGAAGCUGGUGGAAUACGCUAUCGAGGAUAAAUUGAAGAUUCACUCGCAGUACAGAAUUGAGUCCGAAGCGACGCCAACGAAUUUUAUUAAAUAUCCAGGAAAUAAAGACGAAGAAGAAUUCUUGCUUACGACAAACGACAGAUAUAAAUUUCGAUUCUACAAUCAGAGCACCAAGCUUCCUCGACGAAUGAUCAGCAUCAGCAAGUACGACUCGCCGAUCACAGAACUCAUUUCGCGACCUUGCGGAACGGAUUCAAUUGUUUUCUCGACAGAGACCUGUCUUGGCGUCGUUUUGUUGCCACUUGAUGGAAACCCAAACAAGGAAUAUGCAGUUGUCGCCAAUCCCGCUGGCGUCUCAUCAAUUACAGCCAUCAAGUCGAAAAUCAUUUCCUGUGGCGAGGGAAUCGUCACUGCUUGGGACAUCGACUUGGACAGUUUGGAAGAGCAAAAACUUCGCGGCGGCGUCGGAAUGACUCCUUUCUACAACAUGCUGAAGCCGGACGAGUUUGAGCUGUUGAAAGACGUAUUCUACUUUUGCCGACUGGAGGAGCAGGGCCUCAACGCCGAAGUAACCCGUGAUGUAGCCCGAACUAUCCCGCUGAAUAGAAUCGCCGAAGCAGUCCGCGCUCUGGGCUGGUUCCCGACCGAGCAGCAAAUCGAGGAGCUUCUAACGGAAAUCAAGUUCUCCCAGUUCCACAAGACGCAGAAACAAGUCAAGGAAAUCGAAAUGGACGACUUCAUCAAGUUUUAUGUCAAUCACAAACCAGUGGAUCAAAUUAAUAUGGAUGACGUGCAGCAAGCUUUCGAAACUCUCUUAGAGUCCGAAAAGGGCGAUUCAAUGACGUACAAAGAGUUCCGUCAUAAUUUAGAGAAUUUCGGCGAAAAGAUGAGCUCAAGCGAGAUCAGCAAAUGCAUCGAAAAGCUGUGCGGAAUGGCGAACAUUAGCGAGGAUGAGACCUUUGACCCGCACCAGUUUAUAACCAAUAUUCUCAAGCUGUAA